CUGAGAAGUGAGCCUCCGCUGAAAUGCUCUGCAGCAACUGAGGAUUGUGGCAGCCCUGUCCUUGUGGGGAUGCAAUUCUCUGCAAGAACCGGAGAGUCUAGGAGGACUCGGAUGCGAUGAUCUGCAUGGACUGGGGAGCCCCACAAAUGGACCACAUUCAGUGUACGCCGGAACUUCACAAUGACCCAACACAAGAUCUUCAGGGUGAUGUUCCUAGAAAUGUUAAAUUUGAGGAGGAAGUGAUAUGCGUGAAGAUCAAGGAAGAAGAGAUUCCUACAGAUGUCAGUCCAGUUUCAGAAAAAUGGAUGCAGACAAAGUGGGGAUCUAGGAUGUCCAAAAAUAUCAGAGACUCAGACUCUGAGUCAACACAUCAUGGACCAGAGCCUUAUGAAUCUUCUUCUGAGGAGGCAGAGCUAUCCCAGGCUGGCCCCUCACAGCUGCUCCCUGUGAUAUCACCCAGACAUGACACAGGAAGGAUGACCGAGCGAGGCUCCAAACGCAAUAGGAAGAGGAGAAGGGAGGAGGUUGAGUUUAUGGAAUCUGUGUUGCAUCGCCUCACUGAGAUGAAUGAAGAAAGAUCUCGCCACUUAAAAGAGAUGGUGUCUCAGCAGGAGAUAAUUAUGAGGCAAUUGCGGGACGAUGAGGAUAGUGACAUGCUUUUUCUCAAGAGUCUCCUCCCUUUGAUGAAAGAGAUGCCAACUCCUAGAAAAAUGGAAUGUUGGACAGCAAUGAUGGAUGUCAUGGCUAGAUUUGUAGCUCCCUCUUCCACAACUCAUCAACCAUCUCAAGCACCAGGUCCCUACUCCCAUGCCCCACCUCCUGAAUCUUGGUAUGAACCAUCUGCAUACUCAUCUGCCCCCAGUCACUCCUGCCCCCCUCACAGACAGAGAUUGGCAGAAGAACUGGGAGAGUUUCAAUAUUACCCAGCCUAAAACUUGAGCAUUUUAAAGAACUACAUUUGGGUUGUGGCUAUUAUAUAAUUACAUAGCUAGUAUGGUUUAAAAAAGACAUAAGUUCAUCCAUUUCAACCCAACCAGGGGAUGGAAGGGGGUGCGAACUAAAAUUCGAACAAUUUUUAUCAGCAUUAAAGGGGUUGUCCGGGUUCAGAGCUGGACCCAGACUUAUCCCCAUUUUCACCUCUCUGAUGCUCUUCAUUGCCCAGCACUGGAUCGCGCAGGGCAAGGGCCGUUUGUUUAUGUUUUUUACACUGAUAGGAGGAGAUGGGUGGACUUUAGCACUACCCUAGCAGUUUUACAGGCCUGCACGAUUCAGCACAGGGCAAAGGAGAGCAUUGGAGCAUGAAAUGGGUCGAACCCGGACAACCCAUUUAAUAUUAUUUAGUUCUAAGAAGUCAUCUAAGCCUUCUUUCAAAAUCAUCAGCUGUUCCAUUUAAAAUCCCCACAAAUGACAAGGGGACACGGCCUUCUCGCAAGUUGGUAUGAUGGGGGUUUCAAAGUUUUUAAGCAAAUUGGCCAGUUUGUCAUAUUCUAUGUCGGGUAUGUGCAGUGUAGCAAUCAGUGUUGAGCGCGAAUAUUCGAAUUGCGAAUUUGUUUCUCGAAUAUCGCAAUUUCGAGAUUUCGCGAAUAUUUAGAAUAUCGUUCUAUAUAUUCGCGAAAUCGAAUAUUCGUUG